AUGGCAUCGAUGUUCCGCCUUCCAUCUCGGCUAUCCAGGCAUCUUUACUCCUGGAGAUCUUUGCUCCAACGGCCCCCAUCGCCAGUGCGCGAUUUCUCCCAGUCAAACUUUCCUCUCCUCGAUGCAAGUGAGAAGGUCGAGGAGGAGACGUUGUCCUGGUACUCUCCCGAUGACUUCUAUCCCGUGAAGAUUGGCGAAGUCUUCCAAUCUCGGUAUCAGGUUAUUGGGAAAUUGGGUUACGGCGGAUAUUCAACUGUUUGGCUUUGCCGGGACCUCCAGCAGCACGCUUAUGUCACACUGAAGGUAUUUGAGCGCAAUUCAACAGAAGGCCAACGAGAGAGGGAAGCCUACAGCCAUUUGAAUUCUCUUAGCAUAGCAGACCAUGCUGGUGUACAGCUUAUUCGUAAAGCAUUGGAUAGCUUUCACAUCACUUCCGAGAAAGGCACUUUCGGAUGCCUGGUUCACCCGCCGCUAGGAAUGAGUCUUCAUGAGUUUCGCACUCAGCUCAGGGCCAAAGUACUUCCUGAAAAGAUAGUCAAGUUAACCCUGGUGCAUCUCCUUCUUGCUUUGGACUAUCUCCAUGCGGAAGCUGGAAUUGUCCAUACAGAUCUUCAAGAAAAGAACAUCAUGAUGGCCAUAGAAGACAAUUCUAUCUUGUCAGAUUUCGAAGAAGACGAGAAGUCCAAUCCCAGCCCACGCAAAGUUGUGGGCGAUCGAGUGAUCUAUGCCUCUCGCAACCUCAGGAAAACCAAACAACAUGGCCGUCCUACGCUGUGUGACUUCGGUCAGGCUCGCUUCGGGUCAAGUACUUAUUCCGGAGAUAUUCAGCCCUAUAUCUAUCGGGCUCCUGAGGUGGUUUUGCAGAUGCCUUGGAAUGAGAAGGUUGAUAUCUGGAAUGUCGGUGUACUGACAUGGGAUAUCUUCCAACAGGGACAUCUGUUCUACGCUAGAGAUUCAGAUAAGAAAUGCUCCGAUGCUCAUCAUCUCGCUGAGAUGGUGGCUAUCAUGGGAGCACCUCCAAAAGAAAUGAUUCAGAACAAUGACUAUGCAAGCCAAUUCUUCGAUGACGAAGGAAAUUGGAAAGGGGCUACCGAAAUUCCUCCCGUGUCUUUGGAAAAUCUCGAAGAAAUCUUGGAGGGAGAAUCGCGCCAGCUUUUUCUGCAGUUCCUGCGCAAGAUGCUCAAAUGGAAGCCCGAGGAGAGGGAAUCGGCGAGGGACCUUUUGGACGAUCCAUGGCUACGCUCGCCUUGA